AAAACCAAACAGAUGCAUGCUGGUCAAUCGAUAGCUGCGUAUUUAUCAAUUAGAAAUGGCAUACUUCGUCAGCAGUACAACGGAUCAAAACUACUACUUCGAAGACUCAAUUGCCUACACAGAGGAUCACAUUCGCGUAAGGAAAUUAUGCUGGUGCGAUGCCCCAUCCAAGCUAGAGGAGAGCACUUUGUGCUCUCACUUUGCCGAAUUUGGACACGUGCUGCAAAUCCAGACGGUUCGGUUUGAAAUGGAUGCAUCAAUGUUCCAAAGUGGCUCUGUGCUUUAUGCCAACGAUAAAGAUGCGGCUAGGGCCCUCAUGAGCACUCACAUGUUGAAUGGUGUCAUAUUCAUGGUACAGCCCAGCGACAGUUGGGAGCAGCCGGACGCCUACGGAACCCCUGAGGAAGAGGUGAACCACCAGGGACCGUCGCCCAUCUUGGCCCUCAAUGACGAUUGUUUGGAGCACAUUAUGGCCAAGCUAGGACUGCAAGAUCGACUGCGUUUUGCUAGGUCGUGCCUGCGCUUUAGGGCGAUCUUGCAGGCCUCAGCCAGUCUGCACACAUCUCUGGACUUGAUUCAAUUCAGGCGCUUGACCGUAUGGGACAUUCGAGACUACUUUCAACUAUUUGGGGCUCAUAUACAGACCCUGAUCGGUGACUUUGAAACGGAACACUCGGAACGGCUGGCCGAAUUCAUACGAGAUUAUUGCAGCAGUCUGAGGAGCAUACAGGUGAUUUGCAACCCUCAACUCGGUCUUCACUUGCACACUAUGAUUGCCAAUAAGAGUCAGCUGGAGGAGUUACAGCUGUCCAACUCAGAUAUAGACGACGAAGCGCUUUUCGAUCUGCAAGACCUGUCCUUCGCUGGCGGUGCUUCGGAUUACAGCCGGUCCGUAUACAACCUUUGAGUUUGUGUCCCAAUUGCCUAGCCUGAAGAGCCUGACCAUAAGCAGCAGUAACGAAUUUAUAGACGGUGUUGAUGAAGACCUCAAGUUCCAAGUUCUUAUUGCUCAACUGGUUGAACACAAGUCGCAGCAGCUGGAGCACUUUGAAGUACUUGGCUUUUAUUGUUUACCCAGGGAAGAACUUCUACAAGUUGCCAAGCUUGGUGAACUUCGUGUCCUACACCUGCUCCACACAGUCCUGACCGACGAUGUGCUCAAGGAGCUCGCGAAUCUAAAGAAAUUGGAAAAACUCAGCUACACGCACCGCAGCGAAAGUUACUCAGCGAUUCUCCACCUGUUCCGCGUCUGCCCUAGAUUGAGCCACCUGCGGCUGGAAUAUUGUUCCCAGCCGAACGCAAGUGUGAUACGUAACAUCGUAGCCCAAGUGCGCCGGGAAAUCGCAAGCAAUGAGAAUCAGAGGAAGUUGCCUAUCGAACUGUGGUCGCUUAUGGACGGGGAGCACCUGGAAAUGGUUCCAAAAACGGAGUUCGAAGGUAUACUUCAAAUGAAAUGCACAGCUUUCGAUUUUGAGAUGUCUUUAAAAAAUUAUUUCUGAGGGAUGAUCUCCAGCGAAGAGGAUUGAAUUUUUGCUUUUAGUUAACAUAACAAUGCUGCUCAAAACUUUAAGAAAAUUUGUUAAAAACUGUUUGCAAAAUAUUUUAAUUUUGUGUCGAAAAGAA